UGUGUCCUUCAGGAAUCCUUUUUAUGGCUCAGUAACUUUCUCUUUGGUUGCCACCUGCAAAGGCUCUGAGUUACACACUCAAUUUUCCAGUCCUCCGUCGCUGUUGCCGCCACCAUGUCCUGUCCAAUGCCACAACGCCAGGCUGUCACCACUGUGCUGGGGGCCAUGGAGUUUGGGCACCGCAUGGACCAAGCAGCAAGCGUCGCAACGGUGCGUGCCUUCCUGGAUUGGGGUUACAACGAGAUCGACACGGCUUUCUUGUACAACAAAGGCCAGUCGGAGACCAUCCUGGGCGGCCUGGGGCUCGGGCUGGGCCGCAGCGACUGCAAAGUGAAAAUUGCCACCAAGGCCAACCCAUUGGACGGGAAGACACUGAAGCCUGACAGUGUGCGGAACCAGCUGGAGACCUCGCUCAAGCGACUGCAGUGUGCACGGGUGGACAUCUUCUAUUUGCACAUGCCUGAUCACAACACCCCCAUAGAAGAGACGCUGCAUGCCUGCAAUGAGCUGCACAAGGAGGGCAAGUUUGUGGAGCUGGGUCUUUCCAACUAUGCUGCCUGGGAGGUGGCUGAGAUCUGCACCCUGUGCAAGAAGAAUGGCUGGAUCCAGCCCACUGUGUACCAGGGUGUGUACAGCGCCAUCACCCGGCAGGCAGAGAAGGAGCUGUUCCCCUGUCUCAGGCACUUUGGAUUGAGGUUCUAUGCUUACAGCCCUUUGGUUGGUGGACUGCUGACUGGCAAGUACCAGUAUGAGGACAAAGAAGAAAAGAAGCCCAAGGGCCGCUACUUUGGGAAUCCAUGGGCCGAAUACUUCAGGAGCACCUACUGGAAGGAGGAACACUUCAAGGGCAUUGCCCUGGUACAGAAGGCCCUGCAGGCUGCGUAUGGCUCCAGCAUGCCCAGCAUGACGUCAGCCGCCAUCCGCUGGGUAUAUCACCACUCCCAGCUGAAGGGUGCCCAUGGGGACGCGGUCAUCCUGGGCAUGACCAGCCUGCAGCAGCUGGAGAUGAACCUGGCAGCCGUGAAGGAGGGGCCACUGAAGUCAGAAGUCGUGGAGGCCUUUGAGCAAGCCUGGAACCUGGCAGUUCCCAAAGCUGCCAACUACUACUUCUAGGCCCUGAGUGGCUCAGACUGCCCUGCCCUGUGUACCACCCUGUUUGCUCUCUCUCC